AUGAUUACGAGUGUAGGAAUAAUCCUGGGUGAACUGAUAUCUUCCAAACACAUUCCAACCCGGGACCUACCUGCAGUUGUGGACUUUAGUGGAAUAGUUCUUUCGGCCGGCUCUAUCAUGUAUGCACUAGAAGGACAAGCAAUGGUGUUGCCUGUGGAAAACAAAAUGAAAUACCCGCAAGAUAUGGGCGGAUUCAAUGGGGUACUUUCUACGGGGGUCUCUCUGGUCACUAUAGUUUAUGCUGCUUGUGGAUUUUACGGAUUUAUUACUUAUGGUGACGAUUUGCAAGCGUCGAUCACUCUAAAUUUGUCGAACUCUCCAUUAAAUAUCUCGGUGAAGGUUAUGCUGAUAUGCGUCGUUUAUACUAGUUUUUUGAUCCAGCAAUACCCACUAGUAGAGCUACUUUGGCCUAUGGCUAAAGAACCACUUCGAGAACGAAAAGUCAGCAGAUCGUACAUAAUUGGCCUUGAGUAUUGCUUUCGAUUCUCGAUAGUCUUCCUCGUACGUGAGUGA